AGAGGUUCUUGGCAGUCAGAGGCUUGAAGCACUGAGGCCGAGAGUUCUUGCACGUCAUGUGACCUUACAGAUCCAGGUCUUGGUUUAUUUCUGGGAGCAUGGCACUCUGGCGAGCAUACCAGAGAGCCCUGGCAGCACAUCCGUGGAAAGUCCAGGUUCUGACAGCUGGAUCACUGAUGGGCAUAGGUGACAUAAUCUCACAGCAACUGGUGGAGAGGCGGGGUCUCCAGCAACACCAGGCAGGCCGGACUCUGACCAUGGUAUCCCUGGGCUGUGGCUUUGUGGGCCCUGUCGUCGGAGGCUGGUACAAGGUUUUAGACCACAUAAUCCCGGGCACCACGAAGGUGCAUGCACUGAAGAAGAUGUUGUUAGAUCAGGGGGGCUUUGCCCCAUGUUUCCUAGGCUGCUUUCUCCCACUGGUAGGGAUGCUCAAUGGAAUGUCAGCCCAGGACAAUUGGGCCAAACUGAAGCGGGACUACCCUGAUGCCCUCAUCACCAACUACUAUCUCUGGCCUGCUGUGCAGUUAGCCAACUUCUACCUGGUCCCCCUGCAUUACAGGUUGGCUGUUGUCCAGUGUGUUGCUAUUGUCUGGAACUCCUACCUAUCCUGGAAGGCACAUCAGUUCUAAGCAUGCCUUGUUCCACGGUUUGCACCUUGUACUGAUGCACCGUGACCCUAGAAUGCUUGGACAGCUUCUUCAAACUAACCACAUCAGGACUGGAGCGGUGGCUCAGCUGUUAGAAGCAUGGACUAUCUGCUCUACAGAGGACCUAAGUUUGGUUCCAAGCACCCACAUCGGGUGGCUCACAACUCCCUAUGUCUCAAGCUCCAGGAGAUCUGAUGUCCUCUUCUGGCCUCUGAAGCACCUGCACAAACAUGUAUAUACCCACGAAUAGACACGCAUUUGUAAUUAAGCACACAGUGAAAUCUUUAAAAGGAAGGAGGGUGUCAGCUUCCAUGCUAUGGGGUUGCUGAUCAGAAUAGGGUGACCACUCUGAAGUGGCACAUUUCACUCUAACCACUAAGACAUUUAUAAUAUUGCUGUCACUCUGGCACUUAGCUGAUGGGGACAUAUUAUAAGAAUUGUGUCCUGGGGGCUGGAAAGAUGGCUCAAUGGUUAAGAGCACUGACUGCUCUUCAGAAGCUCCUGAGUUCAAAUCCCAGCAACCACAUGGUGGCUCACAACCAUCUGUAAAGAGAUCGGACGCCCUCUUCUGGAGUGUCUAAAGACAGCUACAGUGUACUCAUAUAUAAUAAAUAAAUUAAUUAAAAAAAAUAAUUGUGUCCUAGAAGCCAGGCAUGGUGGUACAUGCCUUCAAUCCCAGCACUUGGGAGGCAGAGGCAGGCAGAUUUCUGAGUUCAAGGUCAGCCUAGUCUACAGGGUGAGUUCCAGUACAGCCAGGGCUACACAGAGAAACCCUUUGUCGGAAAAACAAAAACAAAAAAAAAGUCUGUGUCAGCCUCAACCUAGUGACAAUCCUCCUGCCUCAGCUUCUCAGCUUCUCAAAUGCUGGAUUAGAGAAUUAUGUCUUGGGCUACAGAGAUGGCUCAGUGAUUAAGAGCAUUGACUACUCUUCUAGAGGUCCUGAGUUCAAGUCCCAGCAACCACAUGGUGGCUCACAACCAUCUGUAAUGGGAUCUGAUGCCCUCUUCUGGUGUAUCUGAAGACAGCUACAGUGUACUCAUAUACAUUAAAUAAAUAAAUCUUUUUUUAAAA